CUAAUUCCCCUAAAACGAUUCACGAGAAAGAGCUGCUAAACCUACUCUAUCAGCUUCUUCGACAAAUCAAUCGUUGGUUUGUGUUUCUCCUUUCUCGUAUUCUCUUAUUCAAGCUUUGUAAUUCUGUCAUUUCUGGAUUUCAGUUUCUUAUGUUUAACAAUAGAUGGGUUCUUUUUCACCUCCUCAACGACAACAAGAUGAAUAUCAGAAUCAGAAUGAUGAUGAAUCCGAGAGAAGUGAAGAUGAUGUGGUGCAACCUACUCAUGAAUCUAGAAACAAAAGGAAAGGACAUUGUGAUACUUCAGGAAAAUCUAAGGCAAAGAAGAAAGGUACUUCUAAGUUCUUCUAGGUCAUGGGUAUGGGAUCAUUUUACAAGAAAUGCGAAGAAUAAGGAUAAGUGUACAUGUCAUUACCUGUGCUAGAGUUAGGUGUUGUGCAACAUCCAAUGGUACUUCUUGUUUAAAGAAACAUCUAGAUAUCUG